AUGGCAAAGAAUGUGGGGAUUCUCGCUAUAGACAUCUACUUCCCUUCCACCUGUAUUCAACAGGAAGUGCUGGAGGCUCAUGAUGGUGCCAGUAAAGGGAAAUAUACUAUUGGACUUGGUCAAGAUUGCAUGGCAUUUUGUACAGAAGUAGAAGAUGUCAUUUCGAUGAGUUUGACAGUAGUUUCUUCCCUUCUAGAGAAGUAUAAGAUAGAUCCUAUAAAAAUUGGUCGGCUGGAAGUAGGUAGUGAGACUGUGAUUGACAAAAGCAAAUCCAUCAAAACUUUCCUGAUGCAGAUCUUUGAGAAAUAUGGAAAUACCGAUAUCGAGGGUGUUGAUUCAACUAAUGCAUGCUAUGGAGGAACUGCUGCUUUGUUCAAUUGUGUCAAUUGGGUGGAGAGCAGCUCAUGGGAUGGUCGCUAUGGACUUGUCGUCUGCACAGACAGCGCUGUCUAUGCCGAAGGACCUGCACGGCCUACUGGUGGAGCUGCCGCUGUUGCCAUGCUAAUAGGUCCUGAUGCUCCCAUUGCUUUUGAAAGCAAAUUGAGGGGAAGUCAUAUGGCUCAUGCCUAUGACUUUUACAAGCCUAAUCUUGCCAGUGAAUAUCCAAUUGUUGAUGGGAAGCUUUCUCAAACAUGUUACCUUAUGGCCCUUGAUUCUUGCUAUAAUAACUUAAGUCACAAAUAUGAGAAACUAGAGGGAAAACAAUUUUCUAUUUCUGAAGCUGAAUACUUUGUAUUUCACUCUCCAUAUAACAAGCUUGUACAGAAAAGUUUUGCUCGUUUGGUGUUCAAUGACUUCUUGAAAAAUUCCAGUUCUGUGGAUGAGGUUGCCAAAGAAAAGCUGAAACCUUUUGCAACAUUAUCUAAUGAUGAGAGCUAUCAAAGCCGGGAUCUAGAAAAGGCAUCCCAGCAAGUUGCAAAGCCUCAAUUCGAUGCAAAGGUGCAACCAAGCACCUUGAUACCAAAACAAGUUGGCAACAUGUACACCGCAUCUCUUUAUGCAGCAUUUAUUUCACUUAUUCACAACAAACAUAGCACAUUGGAUGGUAAGAGGGUAAUAUUGUUCUCAUAUGGAAGUGGCUUAGCUUCCACAAUGUUCUCCUUGCAACUACGUGAAGGUCAACAUCCAUUUAGCUUGUCAAACAUUGUCAAAGUCAUGGAUGUUACUGAAAAAUUGAAGUCAAGGCAUGAGUUUCCGCCAGAGAAAUUUGUUGAAACCAUGAAUCUAAUGGAACACAGGUAUGGUGCCAAGGAGUAUGUAACAAGCAAGGACACCAGCCUUUUAUCUCCAGGCACAUUCUAUCUCAUUGAAGUUUCCAUGUAUAGAAGAUUCUAUGCAAAGAAAAUCAGUGAAAAUGAUUUGAUCACUAAUGGUCAUUGA